AUGAGUCGUUCACGUAGUCCGUCAAGUAAAAAACAUAAACGACGAAAAUCAUCUCGUGAUAGAGAUAGAUCAAAAGAUCGUAUAAUUACUAGUUCGUCAAAACGACAUAGAUCACGUUCGCCUGAUCGCAAUGGAGAAAAAAGAGUUAAACAAACUCAUCGUCGAUCAACGAGUGAAUCAUCAGAUGAUGCUCGUGAGAAUUCAGCAUCAACUAUAAAUAGUAAUCGAACAACUAAUAUAUCUGAAUUAAAUGAUUUAACAGCUCGUAAAAAAGCUGAAAUUGAUCGAUUAACUGAAUUGGAAAGAGAACGUACUCAACUAUUACGUCAAAGAGAAACUCGUGAAAAUUUAAUUCAAGCCGAAGUUGAUCGACGUGUAAAAGAUAUUGUUGAAACACGUGUACGCGAAGAACUUGAACGUCGUAAAGAUGAAAUUGAAAACGAAGUUAAACGACGUGUUGAUGUAUUAAAACGAGCAAUGGAAAAACAAAUGUUAAUGGAAUUAGAAAAACGAAAUAAUGAAGAAAUGAGAAGAUUAAUUAUAAAAGAAGAAGAAGAAAGAAAAAAACGUGAAGAUUUAGAGAAAGUUCUCGUUGAAAAUGAACGUAAAUUAGUUGAAGCUGAAAAACGACUUGCUGAAGAAGAAGAAAAAUUACGUACUGAACAAUUACGUUUAAUGGAAGAUCGAGAACGAUUUGAUCGACAAUUAGGCAAACAACAUGCUAAAGAACAAAAUUUAAUAUUAGGCAAAAAUAAAACACGAGAAAAAAUAUCAUUUUCAUUAAAUAAUAUUCAUUGA